AUGUCUCCUCGCAGUAUGGCAAAAAUAUGGGCUGCAGUCGAGGACCGUAGCUCUCCUGCCCCGGUACCGAUAACGGCAACAGGCCAAGAGCAGAGCGAAACGUCAAACCCUGGACAAAGAGAAAGAGAAGGAGAAGGAGACGAUCAAGGCGUCAAUGGGCCUGGCUUCAUAAGGGAGGAAGCUACCCCUAUAAGCAGUGCGAGUAGUGAUUCAAGAAGAUGGCUUACGAUUGGAAAGCUUUGCCACAUCAUGCCUUGGCCGCUGGGUUGUCGAAGACAGUUCCACUGGCUACGUAUUUCUAAGAUCACCCUUACCCUUCUCGCCGUUGCCCUUCUCGCCCUUGCCCUUCUCACCCUUACCCUUCUCGCCGUCGCAGUGGCGGCCUGCUACAUGAUCAUUCAGUACGAGUCCUCAGUUGCUAUUCUUUCCUGCAACAAUAUCUCCGCAACGCCAUCCUUCCCCCUUAGCAAGAAACGGCGCAAUCUUAACCUCCAGCUCGCCCUUAGCCAAAUCAUCAACCCCUCAACUCACCACCAAAUCUUUCAUUCCUUCAACGUGUCCAACCAGCAGCAUCCCCCAAACAUUACUCUAGCCGCCCUCGCAGCCUUCACGGCAUCUUGUCACCCUCACGCUUUCACCUUAGCCAUCUUCCUUUCCCAGGACCUCUACGGCGCCUUCGAAAACCAAAACCUUUGCUCCCACCCCCAGGAAGCUCGCGCCGCACUUCAUCACUCCCAUAAGCUAGCCGUCCGGGCCGCCCGAGCAGAAACAAAAGCGGACACACCCGCAAGUUACGAUAGGCUCAUACCCUUCACUGACAAAUUUGACGAGAAGGAGAUGAAACGACACCACCCCCGCUGCCGCACUCGCAAUGAUAUCUCUCAGCCAUCCUCCUCUCCCUUAAUGACAUCAACUCAUACGACACAGACAGGCAAGCUUCUUGAUCAAGACGCCAUGGCAAUACCUCCGACGGACAUCGCCUUUGAAAAUCAGACGCUCUAUCAUCAUCUCAUCUCCUCCCCCUCUUUCCCUUAUAGCAGUGGAAAAAAGGAGGCAGCAAUAUACCAUCAAUGUGAAGAACUCACAGAUUCACAUCACACGCACACGUAUCUCGCGCAGGUGGUGCAUAUCUUGGAACAGAUGUAUAUGACAUUCGCCGCCGCCGCCGCCGCUGCUGUGCCGAUGGAGGAGCGUUGGGCGCGCGAAGUGAGGGACGAGUUCCAUGAGUGGUUCUAUGAGAGGUUGUUACGUGUCUCCUCUGUGUGCCGAAUAGUUGAACGGGUGGAUGAUUACUGA